AAAGGCGCUCGUCGAGGUCCAGAAUCUCGUCGAUACCAUCCAACUCCGGCCAAUCAGCAAUACAGUGGGAUACCUCGCCGACAUACCAGCGCGAUUUGCUUCCUUGCCGUACCUCCAACGACACCUGGACGCGAUGGCCGAGCUGCCGGCGACGGUGCUUCGCGUGUCGCCUCACGCAAUGGACCCAGAAUUGGCGCUGCACCUCUGCGUCGUCGAAGGCAGCAUCGCGAUCAUCGAGCUCUGGCUUCGACACGAGCCAGCGCUCGUCACAUCGGGCACGCUCGAGCUCGCGGCGGCGUCGUCCCAAGGCCUUAUUUUGCGACUGCUGCUGGAGCGCUUUCCCGAGCUUGCGACGCCAACGAUGAUGGACCUCGUGGCCAUGUCGGGCGACCUCUCACUCUUGCGGUGGCUGCACGACGCCGGCGUCUCGUGUACGACAGCUGCGAUGGACGGUGCAGCCAUGAACGGGCACUUGGACGUCGUCGUCUUUCUCUACGAAGCGAGAACCGAAGGCUGCACGAUCGUGGCAGCGACAGCAGCGGUCGUCCAUGGUCAUGCCGACAUUGUUCGUUUUCUCCUCAGCCAUUGCAAGGAAGGCAUCGAGCCCACGCUCAGCUUCAUGUCGCCGGACCGCAACCAUAAAACACAGAGUGUUCCAGGCACAAAGUACAUGUACAUCGAGGCCAUCGACUUGGCGGCUGCGACAGCGACCUUAUGUAAAGUCGACCUAUCGCCUGUUAUCCGACGCCUCGGACUGCCGGCGCUGCAGCACUUUUACACCAAAGGCUACCUCAAGAUGACACCGUUGACGCUCGAGCUGGCUGUCACGUUGCAAGACCAUGCGAUGCUCACGUACAUUCUCGCUAUAUUGUGUGACGAACACGCGUCCUGUCGAGCAAACAAUGCCGGCGAGUGGUGUCCGCUGGACGACGACGACGCCUACGACGACACAUACGACGACGGUGACGCACUCGAUGACGGUGACGGCUACGAUGAGUAUGGCGAUUGCUACGAGGACCCAAUUCGCUGGGACGACUGCACCACCACGGACUCGGCGGCGUCCCUGGGCAAUCUUGCCGCGAUCCAGCUGCUCCACGCCAGUCGGCUUCGGUGCGCCACGGAGCGUACGAUGAUGUACGCGGCCUGCAACGGUCAUUUGCACGUGCUUCAAUGGCUCCAUGCACACCGAACGGACGGCUGUUCGGGCGACGCGGUGGUCCUGGCCGCGGUGCGUGGCCACACGGACGUCGUCUCUUGGCUCGUGGAUGUCUACGGCCUGCCGCCGACCAACGCCGCACUCGCGUCCGCGGCGGCCACUGGCAACCUGCCGCUCGUACAGUACCUCAUGCAAAAGCUGCCCAACGCUGCCGCCUCUGACCGCGUCGGCCACGGAUGCUGUUGCUACGCGAGUGUGCCGUCGGUGCAUGGCUGUAGCAGCAACUUUAAGGGCGAGUACUUUGACGGCCGUCCAACCGACUGGGCCAUUCGGCAUGGUCACCUCGAGGUGCUGCAGUGUCUCGUUGCACAUGGCUGCAUGGUGUCGUCGGUGGCCAUGCACGACGCUGUCCGGUAUGGUCGCGUUCACAUCGUGGUUUACCUCCGCGACGUCUUUGGCCAGCGCUGCUCGACCUUUAACGCACUGUUGAUGGCCGUGCGCCAUCUCUCGAUCGACGUGGCCCAUGGUCUUUUUAGCCAAAAAAGAUGGGCGACCACUGACGAUCCCGGUGACCGCGCCAUCGACGUGCGCAUUCUCUCCGUGCAUGCGGCCCGACGCGGCGAUGUGGCGAUGCUGGACCUUGUGACCAAGGUCUUGGCCCUCGACUCUCAACUCGAUCUACCGCGACGGGUGCAAGAACUCAUGCUGGUGCGUGCGGCCGCCCAUGGUCACCUCGAGAUGCUACGGUAUCUGGUGCAGACCCACGGCUUUGCAUGGACAAGUGCCGUUGAGAGCGCGGCGCAAGAAGGGCGCCGAAAGCGCGUGCUUGGGUUUUUGGCGACGCUAGGACCAGCGGUGCCGUCGGCGCACGCGAUCGGGGACGUGACCCUCAAGUACGAGGUGUACGAUGACUCCCGUCUGCGGGACGGGGUCGACGAGGAAACGUGGACGUAA